GGCAGCGAGGCGUGCCCGGGUCGGGCUCGGGCUUCGGGCCCUCAGGGCCGCCGGGCCCUGCGCGCUCUGCCGGAAAGUUCUGCAGGCGCCAUCGGGAGCGGCGCGAGGCUCGGGAAGGAAAUAGCACAGUCUUUGAGGACUUGGCCUAAAUCGGGAGCCCAGAUGAGCCUAAAGACACUGGUGCUGAAUCUGUAGAUUUUCGGCUCCAUGCCCACUAAGCCCUGGUCAUGCCAGCUCCAGCGUGCCCUGGCCUGUGAGGAGUGAGCAGCAGUGGGUGAUGGGAAAGCGAAGGGCUCCGGUGCUGGCUUCGGCGCAUCUGAAGUAGACUGAUAAAGGAAGCUGAUGGUCUAGCCAUGGAAAAGAACUCAAGUUUGUGGAAGAGCCUGGUGGGUGAACACCCAGUCUGCACGGCCUGGAAGGAGGCGGCGGAAGGCGCCAUCUACCAACUCGCCAGUAUCUUGUUUGUAGUAGGUUUUAUGGGCGGCAGCGGGUUCUUCGGGCUCCUGUACGUCUUCAGCUUGCUGGGGCUGGGGUUCCUGUGCUCCGCAGUCUGGGCGUGGGUAGACGUCUGCGCUGCUGACAUAUUCUCCUGGAAUUUUGUGCUGUUUGUCAUCUGCUUCAUGCAGUUUAUUCACAUUGCCUAUCAAGUUCACAGCAUCACGUUUGCCCGAGAGUUCCAGGUGCUGUACAGCUCCCUUUUCAAGCCCCUCGGGAUCCCUGUGCCCGUCUUCAGAACAAUUGCUCUGAGCUCUGAAGUGGUUUCUCUGGAAAAGGAGCACUGUUAUGCAAUGCAAGGCAAAACCUCCAUUGACAGACUCUCCAUGCUUGUGUCGGGAAGGAUCAGAGUGACAGCUGAUGGCGAAUUCCUGCAUUACAUCCUCCCCUUUCAGUUCCUGGAUUCUCCGGAGUGGGAUUCACUGAGACCCACAGAGGAAGGCAUUUUUCAGGUGACCCUCACAGCAGAAACCGAUUGUCGGUAUGUGUCCUGGAGGAGAAAAAAAUUGUACCUGCUCUUCGCUCAGCACCGCUACAUCUCUCGCCUCUUUUCCAUCUUGAUUGGCAGUGAUAUUGCAGACAAACUCUAUGCCUUGAACGACAGGGUAUAUACAGGGAAAAAACAUCACUAUGACAUUCGGUUACCCAACUACUAUCAAAUGUCAAGUCCAGACUUGUCCAGAUCACCCCUGACGGAACAGUUUCGGAAUUCCAGACAACACUGUAACCAAUGACAUCACAACCUGAAGCUGUAUGACGACCAUGAAACAGACUUCAUCAUUCCCCAGACAAGUCAGCACACUGAUAUUUUUAUAACUUAAAUUCGGAGUCUAGAUGCCAUUGCCAGCUGUUUGAUUCAAUUUAACUUUUGCUUUGCAAAUAAAACUCACAAAUUUUCCUGUAUUCCUUGCUGUUAUGAUGGGAUAGGAAGAUGAAUAAUGACGGGCAGCUUGCCCUUUUUCUGCAUCAGAACUGGGAGAAUGUAAUUUCUCAUUCUCCAGUACUUUUUCAAACAUGCUGUCUUGUGCUGUUGGCCCAGGAGAAGCAGUUAGCAAAUGAUCUCAACAUGAGAGCAGGUUGGUACCGUCCACAGACCCAUUUCUAGAAUCCGCUUUUUUUUGCGACAAUCUCUGACAAAUGUAAGUUCCAUUGUUGGUGUGGGAGGCAGUUAUUUCUUUUACAUGUGAAGCUCUUUGAUGUGACUAAAAAGUAGAAUAAAUAUGAGAAAUGAUAACA